GAAUCCUAAAUGUAAAAAAAAUGUAAAAUGUGCUUUUAUUGAUUUAUUGACUAUCACUAUAAGAAAACAUUUUAGAAGAGUGUGCCGCCGCGUCUCUCAAAUCACAACAACUCUUUCAUUAAUAUCACUGUCACACCUCUCUCUCUCUCUCUCUCUCUCUCUCUCUCUCUCUCUCUCAUUUCCAUUUCCACCUUCUUCUGAAGCUCUUCCUCUCCCAGAUCGAGCUUCGGAAGCAAAAAAAAAAAAAAAUCAAAAACAAAAAAUAAUUUAGAUUUGAUUUUUCAAUUUCUUCAUUCAUUCAUGGCAACAUCAUCAUUAAAUCUUCAUUACAAUGUUUUCAAUGCGAAACUGAAUCUGAGAAACACUUUCAGUUAUGAAAUUCCGAAACGAUUUCUUUCAACAGAAAACGGUUACAAUAAAACGACGUCGUCGUUAUUGAAGGUCACGUGUAAGUUAACGAGUGAUGUGUUGGAGAAGCACGUGAUUGAGAAUGGAAGAAACGUGAUUAGUGAAGUUGAAAAUGAUGAUGAAAAAAUUAGUUAUACUUGUGUGAUGAAAUUUGGUGGUUCUUCAGUUGCUUCUGCUGAGAGAAUGAUGGAAGUUGCUAGUCUUGUUUUGAGUUUUCCUGAAGAAAGGCCUAUUGUUGUUCUUUCUGCUAUGGGGAAAACUACUAACAAGCUUUUGCUGGCUGGAGAAAAAGCUGUGAGUUGCGGUGUUACUAAUGUCUCUUGUAUUGAAGAGCUUAGCUUUAUAAAAGAUCUGCAUUUCAGGACUGUGGAUCAGCUUGGAGUUGACAGAUCUGUUGUUGAAAAGCAUCUGGUAGAAUUGGAGCAACUUUUGAAUGGGAUAGCAAUGAUGAAAGAGCUAACUAAACGAACUCAAGACUAUUUAGUUUCUUUUGGAGAAUGCAUGUCCACUAGGAUCUUUGCUGCAUAUCUUAAUAAAUUGGGUGUCAAGGCCCGCCAAUACGAUGCAUUUGAGAUGGGUUUUAUAACAACUGAUGACUUCACAAAUGCGGAUAUUUUAGAAGCAACUUAUCCGGCUGUUGCAAAGAGAUUGCAUGGAGAUUGGCUUGCUGAUCCUGCAAUUGCAAUUGUUACUGGCUUCCUUGGAAAGGCCCGAAAAUCAUGUGCAGUGACAACACUAGGUAGAGGUGGCAGUGAUUUGACAGCUACAACAAUCGGGAAAGCACUUGGGUUGCCCGAGAUCCAGGUAUGGAAGGAUGUUGAUGGUGUCUUAACCUGUGAUCCGAAUAUAUACCCGAAAGCAGAACCUGUCCCUUUUUUGACAUUCGACGAGGCUGCUGAGCUAGCUUACUUUGGUGCUCAGGUUCUGCAUCCACAGUCUAUGAGACCUGCUAGAGAAAGUGAUAUUCCGGUUAGAGUUAAAAAUUCCUACAACCCUAAAGCUCCCGGUACUCUCAUCACCAAGGAAAGAGAUAUGAGCAAGGCAGUAUUAACAAGUAUUGUUUUGAAACGUAAUGUGACCAUGUUGGAUAUAGUGAGCACUCGCAUGCUUGGUCAGUAUGGUUUCCUUGCUAAGGUGUUUUCAAUCUUUGAAGAUUUAGGCAUAUCAGUUGAUGUUGUUGCUACAAGCGAAGUAAGUGUUUCCUUGACGUUGGAUCCAUCAAAGCUAUGGAGCAGAGAGCUUAUACAACAGGAACUUGACCAUGUUGUUGAAGAACUAGAGAAAAUUGCUGUGGUGAAUCUUCUACAAAAUAGAUCCAUCAUCUCUCUCAUUGGAAAUGUUCAGAAAUCAUCAUUGAUUUUGGAAAAGGCUUUUCGUGUUCUUCGAACCCUUGGUGUCACCGUUCAAAUGAUCUCACAGGGUGCAUCUAAGGUGAACAUCUCAUUGGUUGUAAACGAUAGUGAAGCAGAUCAAUGUGUCAGGGCUCUCCAUGAAGCUUUCUUCGAAAGCGAGUACUCCAAUUUACAUAAGGAAUACACAAGUGGAAACGGUUCAGUUGCUAAAUCAUCUUAAAUGAACAAUUGUGAGCCUCAAUUCUUUGAUCUGGAAUAUAUAUUCCAAUCUUAAAAUGCUAUUGUCAACCAAGCAAUUUUCAUCUCCUCCUAAGUUUUAACCUUGUGUGAUUGAGAUGUAGUAAUGGCAAAGCAUAAGUGCAUACUAGUCUAGUAUUGCUAGAGAGUAGACAUGUUAAUCAGAUAAUUAAUAAAGUUUAAUCAGCUGAAAUCACAUUACUAUUUAUUAUAUUUUUCUGAAACCAUGGUUUGCAAGAAGCUCCAGAAGUUGCCUUCACGUCGCCUGCAUGAGAAUGUAUUAUAAGGUUCUAUUUUUGCAGAUAUUAACAUUAUUGAUGUAACUUAUGUUAUUGAGUUGAUAGAGUUUGGGUCUAUGAAUCUUGUAGUUUGAAAUGGCCUUCUUUUUUUUUUUUAAUCUUUUGUUCACCAUUGCCUGCUGCUACUAUGUGAAGAAGAAAAAAUUGAGUUGAAGAUUGAAA